AUGGGCAACACGAGAAAAUCACCGGGUUCAUCGAAAACAUCUAAACUAUAUAAUGUACCUAUUGAGUGGAUAUUAAGUAUCGGUAAUCGGAAUGCCGAAGAGCAAAAUGAUGGUGCGAUUGAGAUUCCGCCCGACAUGCUAAUUAGUGAUUCGGAAGAUUCCUUUCGAGAGCUAAUCCAGUUUGUUUAUCCAGAUCUAUUGAGUAGGAUUUCUGAUCCGGGUUAUUUUAAUGGGAGGGUCAUUCUUGCACCGACUAAUGAAAGUGUCGACUAUCUGAAUGAUUUUUUAUUGUCUCUUUUACCCGGGGAAGAGAAGACAUGUUUGAGCGCGGAUAGUAUAUGCAAGGAUGAAUUGAAUUCGGAAAUGAAUGAAGAAAUUUAUCCGGUCGAAUUCCUCAAUACCUUAUCGUGCUCUGGACUCCCUUCUCAUAACAUGAAACUCAAGGUCGGUGUGCCUGUCAUGCUCAUAAGAACCAUUGAUCAAGCUGGAGGAUUGUGCGAGGGAACCAUGCUUACGAUUGUUCAAAUGGGCACCUUCGUUCUUAACUGCAAGAUUAUUUCCGGCAAAAAGGCUGGUGAUAUGGCAUUCAUUCCUCGAAUGACAUUGGUCCCAUCGAACUCCAGUUUGCCAUUUCGAUUUCAGAGACGACAAUAUCCGUUGGUUGUUUCAUUUGCAAUGACAAUUAAUAAGAAUCAAGUUCAAACUCUAUCGCAUGUCGGUGUGUAUCUACCAAGGCCUGCCUCCAGUCAUAGUCAAUUGUACGCUGCACUGUCAAAAGUUAAGACCAAAGGUGGCAUGAAAAUAUUCAUCAACUCCGAAUCUGGUGAACCAUCCAAUGUUACUACCAAGUAA